AGUUGCAGGCUCAGUGGCUCACUCAGUUAGUCUCACAGUUUCUUACUGCACUCUGCUUUGGGGCGAAGAGAUGCUGAGAGCGCUGGCACUGAGACGUUCCCUCCUCCGUGUCCACCAUCACAACACCUGUACUCCUUCAAAUUCACACACUCUCCGAACACUCCCCACCGCCACCUCCACCUCCUUCCUCCGCCGAUUUUCCUCUUCCCCGGAACCCCCCUCCUCCGCCGCCGCCGCAUCAUCAUCCGUUGAUGCCGAAACCCGCAAGUACCUAGGCUACGCCGCCCUCUUCGUCUUCUGCGGCGCCGCCACGUACUUCACAUUCCCCUUGCCAGAUGACGCGAAGCACAAGAAGGCCCAGAUCUUCCGCUACGCACCACUGCCGGAGGACCUCCACACCGUCUCCAACUGGAGUGGGACCCACGAGGUCCAGACCCGCCAUUUCCACCAGCCUGACAGUCUCGACCAGCUCCAGCGCGUGGUGGCCGAGGCCCACAACAGCAAGACCCGCAUCCGCCCCGUCGGGUCGGGUCUCUCCCCUAACGGGAUUGGGCUUUCCCGUUCCGGCAUGGUCAAUUUAGGCCUCAUGGAUAAGAUCUUGGACGUCGACAAGCAGAAGAAGACCGUGACGGUCCAGGCUGGGAUCAGGGUGCAGCAGCUUGUGGAUGGAAUUAAGGACUAUGGCCUUACACUGCAGAAUUUUGCUUCCAUUAGAGAGCAGCAAAUUGGUGGCAUCAUUCAGGUUGGUGCACAUGGCACUGGUGCAAGAUUGCCUCCUAUUGAUGAACAAGUGAUUGCCAUGAAGCUGGUCACCCCUGCCAAGGGGACAAUAGAGCUCUCAAAAGAGAAAGAUCCUGAGCUGUUUUAUCUUGCUCGUUGCGGUCUUGGGGGACUUGGAGUUGUGGCUGAAGUCACCCUUCAGUGUGUUGAUCGACAGGAGCUUGUGGAGCACACAAUUGUCUCAUCCAUGGAUGAAAUCAAGAAAAACCACAAGAAAUUGCUAUCUGAGAAUAAGCAUGUGAAGUACCUUCAUAUCCCUUAUACCGACUCUGUCGUGGUUGUGAGAUGCAAUCCUGUUUCAAAGUGGAAAGGCCCUCCCAAAUUCAAGCCAAAAUAUACUAAAGAUGAGGCCAUACAGCAUGUGCGCGACCUUUAUAAGGAGUCCCUCCAGAAAUACAGAGUAGAAGGGUCUAGGGUUAAAUCAACAGAUGAUGGUGAACAAAAUAUAGAUGAGCUUUCUUUUACAGAAUUGAGAGAUAAGCUAAUAGCCCUAGAUCCUCUCAAUAAAAAUCACAUCAUCAAGGUUAAUCAAGCUGAGGCUGAAUUCUGGAAGAAGUCAGAAGGAUAUAGGGUUGGAUGGAGUGAUGAAAUAUUGGGCUUUGAUUGUGGAGGCCAACAGUGGGUAUCAGAAACAUGCUUCCCUGCUGGAAAACUAGCAAAGCCAAGCAUGAAAGACCUUGAAUACAUUGAAGAGCUGAAACAAGUUAUAGAGAAAGAAGAGAUACCAGCACCUGCUCCAAUUGAGCAGCGAUGGACAUCUAGCAGCAGGAGUCCCUUGAGUCCUGCUUCAAGCCCAUCAGAGGAUGAUAUAUUUUCAUGGGUUGGUAUAAUCAUGUACCUCCCUACCAUGGAUGCUCGUCAAAGAAAAGAUAUUACGGAAGAAUUCUUCCAUUACAGGCAUCUGAGUCAGGCAAAAUUAUGGGAUCAUUACUCUGCCUAUGAACACUGGGCAAAGGUUGAGGUUCCAAAGGACAAGGAGGAGCUUGCGGCUCUGCAAGGAAGGCUAAGAAAGCGGUUUCCUGUGGAUGCAUACAAUAAGGCUAGAAAGGAAUUGGAUCCAAAUAGGGUCCUUUCAAAUAACAUGUUGGAAAAGCUCUUCCUACAAUCAGAAACCAUAUAAAUUCUGGCCACACAUAUGGAACUUCGGGUUGCAAAAAAAUAUCUGGCUCACUCAAGAUUAUACAUCAACACAUUCUUUUAGCUCAUCGCAUGCAUGGUUACGUUUUGAACUCAAAGAAGCUUUAAGAAUUCUGAUGUGUACUGUUUUAGGAAUAGCUGAAUUGAUUUUUGCAUUCUGCUUUUACUCAUCCGAUCAAGAAGAUGAAACAUAAAGAAGGGGGUAAAUCUGGAAGAAAAAGUUAUGCUGUUGAUAUACUUGUAUGAAUUGCUCCCCUUUAGGCAUAAAUACACUUUCUGUUCAAAGAAGCUUUCGAAUUUUGAUGUAAUUAUUAUGAAGAGCUAAAUUGUUUUUUUACGUUC